AUGCGCCUGCGCGCGCCCGCGUACGCGCACGGCGACGGGCGAUGCGCGCUCGCGCAGGGAUUGACGCGCGCGGAUCUCGACCGUGCGUCGACCUCGGCCGCGGACGCGGGAGACGAUGAGGGCGGGGGGUGGGGCGGGGGGGGGGCGACGGGCGCGCUCGCGCUGCCGCGGUCGUUCGGGACGGUUUCGUUGGGCGAGACGUUCGCGUGCGUGGUGUCGUUCGGGAACUUUUCGAGGAUGGAUGGUGAUGGGAAGGGGGUGGAUGGAGUCGGGAGAGGACGCACGGCGCGGGAGGUUGGGAUUAAGAUUGAGUUGCAGACGGAGACGCGGAGGACGACGCUGCACGACGCGACGCGCGAGCCGAUCGCGGUGCUUCGACCGGGGGAGAAGCGGGACGUGGUGGUGUCGAAAGAUGUGAAAGAGCUCGGUGCGCACACGUUGGUGUGCUCGGCGGCGUACUGCGAUGAAAAUGGCGAGCGUAGGUAUUCGCCGCAGUAUUUCAAGUUCAAGGUGUCGAAUCCGCUGAGCGUUCGGACGAAGACGCGCGCGGCGCCGCGCGGGCGGAUUUUUCUCGAGGUGUGCGUGGAAAACGCGACGAGAAACGCGCUUUUACUCGAGGGCGCGAGAUUCGACGCCGUGGACGGAAUUAUGUCGCGGGACAUGACGCCCGAGAACGCGGGACAGGCGACUCGAGUCGAUGUGGGUGAAAACGACCGAGGGCCGGGUCUUCCCUCAAUUGGCAAACGCGCGGUGUAUCGACUCGAUCCAACAGGGGGAUCGGCGCAUUUCCUGUACGAGAUCACGAGCGCGAACGCGUCGACGACGUUCGCGCCGACGACGCCGCUCGGGAAGCUCGAGUUGCGCUGGCGCGGCGCCAUGGGCGAUUUGGGUCGGUUACAGACGCAAGUCAUCAACGCUGGAUCCGCGGGGUCGUCCGACCCCGUGCCCGAGAUAGCGAAGAUUCACCAAACGAUCAUCGUCGACCCUAAACCCGCCAACGCCGAGGAGGAGAGCACGGUGUACGUCGAGAGACCAUUCACGCUUCGCGCCCGAAUCGAGGCGCUCGCGCCCAUUGAAGCCGGCGCGUUCGCCCUUCGCGUCCGAGACGUCGUCACAGGCGUCUACGUCGACGGUCCGCGCGCGUUCCGCAUCGACUCUUUAGACCGAGGUCAAACCGUCGACGUGGACGUCUCUUGCGUCGCCCUCGGUCUCGGCGUGCAGACGUGCCCGACGCUCGCGCUCUGCGGCGCCGUAGACGACGCGUUACUCCACGCCCCGACCCCGCUUGAGGUAUUCGUCGUCCGAGACGUCCCGGAAGCGACAUUUCCGAUCGAGCCACGGCCCGUGGACGUCGAAUUCGCGUCGCUCGCGCUGGAUUCAUCGUCUUCAAAUCCGCCGACGACGCCGCCGACGACCUUGUAA